AUGGAAAAAAAUAUUGAUAUUUUAUCAAAAACAGAAGAAAAUAGUAAUAUUUUAUCAGCAGCAGAAAAAGAUGAUAGUUUAUCAGAAACAGAAGAUAUAAAAUAUUUAUUUAAAAAAUUAGUAAAAAAAUAUCAUAAUACAGAUCUUGAAUUAAUUGAAUGUGAAACCAAGGAAAAGCAAAAAAUACGAGGUGCAACAGGAUCAAAAGUUAUUCAAAAAGUAGAUUUAUUAAUUAAAUAUUAUCCAGAAUUAGAAGAUGAUCUUAAAUCUUUAGAUAAAUUUAUUAUAUGUAAAAAACAUUAUAAUCAAAUUAUCAGAAAUGAUAAUUUUAUUGAUAAAUUACAAAAAAAUUUAAAAUUUUUAAAUUUAAUGAAUGAUAACUAUAAAAAAAUUACUAAUCAAUUAAAAGAAUCUGAACAACAAAGAUUAUUUUAUAUUAAUUUGGUUAAAGAAUUAGAAACUAAAAAUAAUCAAUUAAUAGUUGAAAAUAAUCAAUUAAAAGAAAUAAUUAAUUUUAAUCUUAAUAAUCAACAAAUUUGUAUUAAAUAUAUUAAAGAAAUAGCUCAAAAAGAAAGAAAAAACCUUUAUAAUGAUUUAAUAAGUUUAAUUGAUAACCAAGAAAGAUUUAAUUUUGCAACUGAAUCUUGUAGAUUCAGAGUACAAAUAAGAAAAAUAAAUUUUGUUAAUCCUAAUAAUAAUGAUUUUCAAAGUUUUAAUGGUGAAUGGACUUUAAGUGAAGAAAUAAAAAAAUUUAGUGAACUUGCACAAUUAAAAAGAAUUGAAUUUAUUCAAAAAAUAUUAAUUGAAAAAAAUUUAACUAAAACUUGGCAUCCAAUUCCUAUUAUAACUGAAGAAGCAAAUUUUCAAAAAUCUGAAAAUGCAUUAACAAAAAAAGAAAUUUUAGCAAUAAUUAAUUCUUUAAUUCCAUAUUUAAAUGAUUUAGAUCGAUUAAAAUUUAAAAAUUUAUCAAAUUUAUCUCAUAAUAAUUU